AUGGGAACCAAGGAAAAGGCAGCAGCCGAGGAGAUCAAGACAUGCAAGGCCAAUGUUAAAGUGGCUGAUGACAAAGUCGCCAAUUUAACUGAGGAGCUGAAGAGGAGCCAAGAAGAACUGGCCAAGGCUGUUGCUGCCAAGGAGAAGUUUAAGGAAGUCGUUGAGACUAACUACAAGGAAGCAACAAAACUUCAAGAGGAUCUGGAGGCGAGCAUGAAGGAGGCCACUUAUAUGGACUCCGAGAACGUGUUUGACAUUUACAGUGCCCCUGAGGCUCCUGCGGCUCCCCCGAGCAGAAAGAAAACAAGCAAGAGGCAUCCUGGGGAAAGCAGUAAAGCGCCUCAGGCUAAGAAGCCUCGCAAUGCAGGCCUCCCAGAGGAUGGACCCUCAGCCAAUGCAACUCCACCUUCUCCUCACGAGCAGCAGACUCCCCCUGCCCCAGCCAGGUCGACUCCAUCUCCAGCGGCUCCAACUGACCAGACUCAGCAAGCCAGUCCUGCUUCGACUGGGGGUGACAUAACUAGUCGCGCCUUCAGAUCGGAAAUGCUGACCCUUACUGCCAGCCGUCUCCGCCCGAGCGCUGUUAUCGAGCAGGCCAAAUCUUUGGAGCAACGGCACGCUGAUGAACUCAAAGCUGCCGAAGCGAAAUAUGUCGAACAGCUUGCAGCGGUGCUCGAGGAGAAGAAUAAACUGGCUAAGGAGUUGAGGGAGAAGAAAAAAUCUCUGGAUAAAGCCACCGAGUAG